AUGAGUAGUCGAGUUUAUGAUCCCAUACACGAUGUAUUUCAAAACCGCGAGGACCAGGAGGAUACAAUUUCCUCGGGUGAUUUAGCUCGACCAAGAUCAGACGAUGACGGAGAUUCUACUCAAAGUGAGGACAAUGCUAACUCUGUGAAUGGAGCUGAACCACACAAAAGGAGGAUGCGGGAACCUAGUAAAUAUAUGCGCCACUUGAAAAAGGCUGAUGGGGAAUACUUCACGCGAAAAGAAAUACAAUACGAAUUUUUGCACAAUCUAUGCUCGGAUCGAAGGCCCCUUUUCACCAAUUGGUAUCAGGAUUCAUUUUCAAUUUCCCCUGCAGAGGAGCAAGAGCAUCUUAAUGUUACAGAUGAUGCUUAUGUGGCACGCAAAUUCAUAAAAAAUGAAAAGCUGACAUUUUCAGAGUGCUACCUCUUGAGCAUUGCGUCAUCAACCAAGUGUUCUAAAAUACUUCGCGACAAGCUUUUAUUUGAUCAGAAUAUUGCCUUCUCUACCUGUGCUCUCUCGCUUUUGGUUAAUACAGGUAGGUUGAAUACGACGAUCAACUUCUUCCUAGAAAUGACGUCUCAAUUACGAACCUUCCAUUCUAUACCUUGCCUUCAAAAGGAUGCCCGAGAUCCCAAGUCUUUGCAAGACACACCUCGCUUAAAGUCGAUAUUAAAAAACUUGCCCCUAGGAAAUGGUAACUUACCGCUUACUGAGUUUUACGAGACUCCCGAGCAAGGCAAAUUGCUGGAUUCCAACCCUGUCAAUCUGAUUUUCCAUUUGUGUGAUAACUCGGCGCUAGUAAAUCUGAAGUUCCUCCAAGAAUAUGUUGCAGAUCCCAAUGAUUUGACCUUUUUCGACAUUUUGGAGAACCCAACGUUGGAUCCCAAACAAAGAGCAGAGAUUAUCCUAUGGCUGAUUUAUGUUCACUUGGAGACUGAUAUGACAGAACCAGAGAUUGCCAAAUCUUUGCAGCUGUUUGGAGUUGACGGCAAAUUCGAACUUGACUCCAGCAGCGAUGAUGUUGAUGAGGACACAACUUCAGAAAUUGAGUUUGGAGAGGAUCAGAAAACUAAACGUAGGGAUUUCUUGUUGCGAAACAACCGGUUGCCUCAUAGCGUAACUGCAGGUGAGGAUGAUAGUAAAUCCAUAAUGGAACAAACAAAAUUCGAAAAAAAGAUGGGCGAGGAGAAUUCUGGCGCAAUCGAAGAUGGUAAAGCUACUUUAACCAAGAAGAGAGGACCAAAAGCGGGGUCUAGGACGUCAUCCAGAACCUCAGGGAGGACCAAUUCAAGAGUCAGCUCCAAAGCCGCCGAUCAACAAGAAGAGGAGGGAGAAGAGAAAGGUGUGAAAGCUCCAACGAAACCUGCGAUAGCUAAGAGACCCUAUCGCAAACAGGUCAAGAGAACUACCGAUUCGAUGGACGAUAGUGUGGCGGAUAUGACGACGAUAAAGGGAGAGACACAAGAUGAACUCAAGCUAAAGGGGAUUACUCCACACGCGGAUAGUCCGCCUGCGGUUCAACAACCACGGAAAAGACAGAAAAAAAAGGGAAUUUCAGCGUCCCCGGCUUCGCAAGAGGCUGGGAGUGAACUUUUGGAUGAGAAAAUGAAAGAUGAGAUGGAGGAACUUAUAAAAUUCGACAAGCGAGAGAGAAUUGCGGACCAUCGUACUCAGGAUGUGGUUAUGCAAGAGCUGGAAAGAGCUCAGUCUGUGGUACGUCGCAAACGGGAAGAGCUGGGCUUGAUCAAGAUGUUCCACGAAUUCGAAGACGUGACGAUGGCGACCGUAAUCGGAGUGCGUGGGAAGAAAAGGAAGAAGUUUAAAGAUGGCGUCCUGGGGUUCGAAACAGAUUUUCUUCGUACCAUCAACGGGGCUAAGAGGGCGAUGCUACUGAAUCGGAAAAGUCAGGAAGAAAAUAUAUACGAGUUUAGUUGA